AUGGCCAUUUCUCAGCGCGUCUCCAACGCGAUCUCUGGUAUCUUCAAGUCCCGGACUCCGAUGAUUCCCGCCGUGACAGAAGCCAUGGUGUCCACCAGCCUACCACGGGUUCCUCCGCGCCAUGGGAUCAUUGAGUCCUGCGUUCUCGGGCUAAUUUGCGUAUUACCUCUCCUCAACGACACUGUCAAAGCUUUCUUGGAAGCUUGUGAGGCGGUGAUACACUCUCACUUGUCAGACUCGUCCACCGCAGUUCAGUCCACUCGCGAUGUCGCGUCUUCGAACGGGAUGUCGUCGGCGGUCGACCCUGCUCAGUCUUUUAGUGAGACUGUGGCUCCCGGCCCAUCCACCCCAUUGAACAGUGUCCACUCUGACGGCUCUCGGACACCCGAGCUCUUCCACUCCUUACGCACGAUGACCGGCUAUUCCGUUGCCUCUUCUAUCCGUGGCUCCGACGUUGGUAUGCAAACUCCCGAGGACAUGUCGUUCAGGUCCGCACAUGAAAACCCCGAUCUAUUUACAAAGGCUGCAGAGCCACCGUCUCCAGCUAUCCACCGCGAGGAUUCCUGUUACCUAGGAUAUGUGACGCCUUUGGAAGACCUUGACUUCGUACUGCCCUUCUCUCAGGCUCCGGAGUCGCCAUCGUUGCCUUCCAGUAAUGAUGUUCACCGGCUGAGCCUCGAGCUAUCUUCCUCCUUCAAGUCGGCGUCUGAAUCCUUAGCGGUCUGCGGAAACGGAAUCGUAGGACCCCUUCUACCACAUCACGACGCGUCCCCUGUUGAGAGGUCCUCUGUGAGGUUCGGCGACGAAGAUUUUCAGCUUGAGCGUCGGCGUCGUGCUCGUUCUGAAGGUCUCAUCAUCGACGGGGAGAUCUCUUAUUCAUUCUUGGGCUUCCUCGGAGAGGGAUCUUAUGGACGCGUUCUGCAUGUCAGGUCGUCAGCAGGGGAGGAUCUUGCUGUAAAGGUCUUCAACAAGCGGAAAGCAGCGCGGGACCCUGUCCAGCUCGACUUCUUGGUACUGGAGAAAGAUAUCUGGGAGAGGAUCACGAUGCACUGCAGGAGUCCGUUUCUCGCCCCGUUGCAUACGUCAUUCCAGGAUGACGCCAAUAUCUAUUUUGUGACGAAACUGUACCCGCAAGGUUUGAGACCAAGGAUGGGGGACUUGAGAUACGAGCUGGGCACUUCGGAUAUCGUGCUUUACGCGGCCGAACUGCUUCUAGCAAUUGAAGACCUACACCGGUCAUUUAUCAUUCAUCGCGAUAUUAAACCAGAGAACAUAGUCAUCUCCCCCUCCGGUCACCUGUGUCUAAUCGACUACGGCAUGGCGCGUCUCUUUUCCGAGUGCCGGUCAUAUCAGGAAUUCCAGGGUUGCCGUGCGUUCUCGCUAUGCGGCACUCCAGGAUAUGUGGCGCCAGAGAUGCUGCGGGAGGACUGUCCUGAGAAAGGCUACACCUGUAGCGUCGACAUAUGGGCAUUUGGGAUUGUCCUACUGGAGCUGUUCAUUGGCGAUGGAAUUCCUUACUUCAACAACUCCUGCAACGAGAUAGUAGAGCAAGCCAUCCUGGAGGCGGACAUCGAUCUUGAAUCCGUUGUCUUCGACCUAGAAGGACGGGAUCUUCUGAGCAAGAUUCUGGUGACGGAUCCUUUCGAGCGUCUGACUAUUGAAGAGAUCAAAGCGCAUCCUUUCUUCUCGAGAGUUGACUGGGAUAUGGUACGGACAAGAGGUUAUAACCCUUCCUACAUUCCUGGAUAUCGAGGUCCGAGACCAUUCGACCAUCCUCUGUCAUUCAGAUCCAAGCACUCCCAGUCUCGCGGCGACGAUGCUUCCGUCAUCCCGGAGGUCUACGUCUGCGAAGAGGAUAUACGAUUCUUGUGCCCAAAGGACUUGCUGCGCGAUCCAUUACAUGGUACUCUAUCGUGGGCGUGCGAGGAUUGGAUUCGUCACCCAGACGCGGAUGUCACCUCGGAGCGCUCCUUCCACACAGGCCGUGGCCUGUCCAGUUUGCACUUGUGA